CUACUCUUCCGUUCAUGAACUUUUGCGCUCUCGACAGUCAGCCAACCCUCAGCACACCGUCCUCCCCACCGCGUCCCGGAAGUCUCGAAACCACAAAACCCAAAGGAUAGCAACAUGAUCGCCAUAGGUCUCGAAGGUAGUGCAAACAAACUCGGUGUCGGGGUCAUAUCCCACUCGCCUCACGGCAAGCCCGCACAAAUCCUCUCCAAUAUCCGGCACACUUUUGUAUCCCCCCCAGGAGAGGGUUUCCUUCCUAAAGACACCGCAAAGCACCACCGAUCAUGGGUUAUCAAGCUUGUGAAGCAGGCCAUGGCACAAGCUGGCGUCAGCAUAGCUGAUGUCGACUGCAUAUGCUAUACAAAAGGCCCCGGUAUGGGGGCCCCCCUCCAAAGUGUGGCCGUGGCAGCACGGAUGCUGUCGUUGUUAUGGCAGAAGGAACUCGUCGGGGUCAAUCACUGUGUAGGGCAUAUAGAGAUGGGUCGAGAGAUAACUGGGGCUCAGAAUCCCGUGGUUCUAUAUGUCAGUGGCGGAAAUACUCAAGUCAUCGCGUACGCGGAGCAAAGAUAUCGAAUAUUUGGAGAGGCACUGGAUAUCGCUGUUGGCAACUGUCUCGACCGAUUUGCGCGUACCCUGGAGAUUAGCAACGAUCCCGCACCGGGAUAUAAUAUCGAGCAACUGGCGAAGAAGGGGAAGGUCCUGCUUGAUCUACCAUAUGCCGUCAAAGGGAUGGAUUGCUCCUUUUCUGGGAUUUUGGCAAGCAUUGAUAUCCUGGCGGCAGAGCUCAAGGCGAACCCAGAGCAGCGGGAUCCCAUCACAGGGGAAGUCAUCACAACAGCUGACCUAUGCUUCAGUUUACAGGAAACUGUAUUUGCGAUGCUAGUAGAGAUUACGGAGAGAGCAAUGGCACACGUCGGAAGCAACCAAGUACUAAUCGUUGGGGGCGUGGGCUGUAAUGAGAGGCUACAAGAGAUGAUGGGUCUCAUGGCAAAAGAUAGAGGGGGCAGCGUAUUCGCUACAGACGAGCGCUUCUGCAUUGAUAAUGGUAUUAUGAUUGCGCACGCAGGAUUGUUGGCGUACGAGACAGGCUUCAGGACUCCGCUGGAAGAGAGUACCUGUACGCAACGAUUUAGGACCGACGAGGUCUUUGUCAAAUGGAGAGACUGAAGCAUCCCCUGACAAUACUCAGCAUUGUCGAAGCAUGUAUGGGAAGUGAUCUAAUCACGCAAAGGCCUGG